ACAGAAAAAUUGUGUGAACAAAUAAUUGAAAGUUUUGCCAUGGCAAAAAUUAAUCUGGAUGAUGUUUCAUCCCAGAAUUCAGCCACUACACCAAUUGUUCGUGAAAAUAUACCACUUAUAAAUCGGCCUCGGAGACGGUGGUAUUUAUUUAGCUGCUGGAGAAAAUGGUUUGCACCACGCGAACUACGAUCUCGUACCGUCCAUUUGGGACGAGCAACAACAGAAAAAUUCCCACCGAAUGAAAUUCGUAAUCAAAAGUACAAUUUCAUAUCGUUCCUGCCGUUGGUACUUUUCGAACAGUUUCGUUUCUUUUUGAAUUUAUAUUUUCUGUUAAUGGCUCUCUCACAAUUUAUACCCGACAUUCGUAUCGGUUACCCGUAUACAUAUUGGGGCCCGUUGGGUUUUGUGCUAACCGUGACAAUAUGUCGUGAGGCUAUCGAUGAUUAUCGUCGUCAUCAGAGAGAUCGUGAAGUGAAUUCACAAAAAUAUAAGCGGCUAAUUGUUAGCGAUACGCGUGGUUAUGAAAUGGUACCAUCAUCGAAGUUGAAAGUCGGCGAUAUGAUUAUUGUGGAGAAAAAUGAAAGGGUACCGGCUGAUUUGGUGUUAUUGCGUACAAGCGAUAAAAGUGGUAGCGUUUUUGUGAGGACCGAUCAAUUGGAUGGUGAAACUGAUUGGAAAUUACGCUUGGCCGUACCCUAUACCCAAAAAUUGAAUAAGGAUUCGGACUUGUUUAACAUCGAUGCCAGUGUUUAUAUUGAAAAGCCUCAGAAUGAUAUACACUCCUUUAUUGGCAACUUUUCCAUGACCGAUGGCAGUGAGGAUACUGGCCUUAAUGUUGAGAACACCUUGUGGGCCAAUACCGUGGUGGCUGCUGGCACAGCAACGGGCAUUGUUAUUUAUACUGGCUGUGAAACGAGAAGUGUUAUGAACAACUCUCAACCCCGUUCCAAAGUGGGUUUACUAGACAUGGAAAUCAAUGGCUUGACUAAGGUACUCUUCUGUGCUGUUUUGGGUCUAUCCCUGGUCAUGAUGAUGCUGAAAGGUUUCAGUGGUCCCUGGUAUCGUUAUAUGUUCCGUUUCGUCUUGCUUUUCUCCUAUAUUAUACCCAUCAGUUUGAGGGUCAAUUUGGAUAUGGGCAAAGCCUUUUAUUCAUGGCAAAUGCAAAAUGAUCCGGAAAUACAAGGCACUGUGGUACGUUCGACCACCAUACCCGAAGAACUGGGUAGAAUAUCGUAUGUUUUGACCGACAAAACUGGGACCCUGACCCAAAAUGAAAUGGUCUUUAAGAAAAUUCAUUUGGGUAUUGUCUCACAUGACAAUGAUACAUUCCAUCAUGUAUCGGAAAUAAUCAGUUCAUUGGCUCCAACAAUAUUCCGUUCAACUUCGGCAUCGGAAUCGAAUGCCAAACCGACCACAAUCUACAAUAAUCGCAUGCGUCGUCCUGAGGGUUGGCGUGAAUGGGAAGCUGUAAAGGCUUUGGCCUUGUGUCACAAUGUUACCCCUGUUACCGAUGAAGAUGAUAACCGCUCCGUGUCCACUUCGUCGACAUUUACCUCAGGUGGUGGCGGAUCAUCUUCGCCCACAAAAUCUGUUAUCAACAUGGAUGUGGCCUCUUCAUCUAAUGAACAUCAAUAUCAGGCUUCGUCGCCCGAUGAAAUUGCCUUGGUUAAAUGGACCGAACAAGUGGGUUUAACCCUAAUCGCUCGUGACAUAACCUCCAUGACAUUGCAAUUGCGAACCCAUAAGAAAUCUUCAGAUCAAUAUCAAAGUGAAGAUGAUGGCCUUUUGCAUUUCCAGAUAUUGCAAAUCUUCCCCUUUACCAGUGAAAGUAAACGUAUGGGUAUUAUUGUCAAAGAUUCCCAGACCGGGGAAAUUACAUUCUACUUGAAGGGCGCUGAUGUGGUAAUGCAAUCGAUUGUCCAAUAUAAUGAUUGGUUGAGUGAGGAGUCCGGCAAUAUGGCCCGUGAAGGUCUUAGAACAUUGGUGGUGGCCAAGAAGGUCUUAACCGAGGAGCAAUAUAAUGAUUUUGAGACGCGUAUUCAUGCAGCCGGUAGCAGUAAGACCGAUCGGGCAGCCAAGGUGGCGGCCGUUGUGGAAUCAUUGGAAAGGGAAAUGGAACUGUUGUGUUUGACUGGUGUUGAAGAUCGCCUACAAGAUGGCGUCCGACCAACUUUGGAACUUUUGCGCAAUGCUGGUGUCCGUGUUUGGAUGUUGACCGGUGAUAAAUUAGAGACCGCAUGUUGCAUUGCCAAAUCUUCUCAGUUGAUUGGUCGCAAUCAGGGCCUGCAUGUUUUAAGGCCAGUCAAAACCCGCACCGAUGCCCAUUUGGAACUGAAUCAAUUCCGCCGCAAACAGGGACAUGCCUUGGUUAUAUCCGGCGAAUCUUUGGAAGUUUGUCUACAAUAUUAUCGUUUGGAAUUUCUGGAAUUGGCAACAGCCUGUCCCGCCGUGGUCUGCUGCCGUUGUAGCCCCACGCAAAAAGCUCAAGUGGUACAGCUUAUACAGAAACACACGGGCAAGCGUACCUGUGCCAUUGGUGAUGGUGGUAAUGAUGUUAGCAUGAUUCAACAAGCUGACGCGGGUGUUGGUAUUGAGGGUCGUGAAGGCCGUCAAGCCUCUUUGGCUGGAGAUUUCAGUUUACCCCAGUUUUCACACAUCGCCAAAUUGCUAUUGGUCCACGGUCGCCGUUCGUAUAAACGUUCUGCUGCUCUGUCACAAUUUGUCAUACAUCGUGGCCUAAUCAUUACCACCCUGCAGGCGGUUUUCUCUGCCGUCUUUUAUUUAAGUUCAGUGGCUUUAUAUCAAGGUUUCCUUAUGGUGGGCUAUUCAACACUCUACACCAUGUUUCCAGUAUUUUCAUUGGUUCUAGAUCAGGACAUAACAUCGACAACGGCGGUUACGUAUCCCGAACUCUAUAAAGAUUUAUCGAAGGGUCGCAGUUUAAGUUAUAAAACAUUCUUUAUAUGGGUCCUCAUCAGUAUCUAUCAGGGUGGUGUCAUCAUGUACGGAGCCUUGAUAUUGUUUGAAGAUGAAUUCAUUCACAUUGUGGCUAUUAGUUUUACUUCGCUGAUAAUGACCGAACUGAUUAUGGUGGCGUUGACAGUAAGAACAUGGCAUAGACUAAUGGUGCUAGCCGAAUUAUUCAGUUUAGCUUUAUAUUUAAUAUCGCUGUUCGUUUUACAUGAGUAUUUUGAUUGGGAAUUUAUAUCCUCCUACGAUUUCCUAUGGAAGGUCUCCAUUAUCACCCUGGUAUCCUGUUUACCAUUGUAUAUAAUUAAAUUUUUACGCAAGAAAUGUUCACCGCCUUCAUAUUUGAAAUUAACAUAAAU